AUGCAUCAUCCUGAGUUAGCUUACCUUCGACAAAUUGUCAAACAAUCUGAUCCUAAAACAGAAUAUAGAGUUCUUGCUAACAUUGGAAGUGGUACAUAUGGUGAUGUAUAUAAGGCUCAAAGACGCGAUGACCGUCGAUUGGUGGCGAUAAAGAUUAUGAAAAUAGAUCCUAAGGAUGAUAUUCGAGCAAUUUGUCAAGAAAUUCAUACACUCAUGGAAUGCUCUCAUCCCAAUAUUGUGCAGUACUAUGGGAGUUACCUUCGGUUGAACAAAUUGUGGAUUUGUAUGGAGUUUUGUGGUGGACAGUCAAUGCAGGACAUUUACCUUUAUACUCGUAUUCCAUUGCAAGAGGAUUGUAUUGCUUUUGUUACGAGGGAAACUCUUAAAGGCCUACGACAUAUGCAUGCUAGGAAUCGAAUACAUCGAGAUAUUAAGGGUGCCAACAUCCUCUUGACCGAGCGAGGUGAGGUUAAAAUAGCAGAUUUCGGUGUUGCUGCAAAGUUGAGCACCUCUAUGGUCAAACGAAGUACCGUUAUUGGUACCCCGUACUGGAUGGCACCGGAGGUGGCAUCGAUGGAACACAGGGAGACGGGUUACGAUGGAAAAUGCGAUAUCUGGGCAGUGGGAAUUACAGCCAUUGAGUAUGCUGAACUCCAACCACCCCUCUUUGACCUGGAACCCCUGAUGGCACUUCAAUGUCUGGGGGCACGUAAUUACAAACCACCGACACUGAAGGAGCGCUCAAAGUGGUCAGCACACUUCCGGAAUUUCGUCAAACUUUGCCUCACCAAAAACGAACGCAAUAGGCCUGAUGCUGCAACCCUCCUCACUCACGACUUUGUAGCCAAUCCUUCACUCUCUAUUAUUUCCACACGAGAGCUCCUUGAUUUAAAGCAUACAUUGGAGGAGCGAGAGAAGGCGGCAUUUGCAGCCUCUGUCACACCUGCUGGAGCAAAGAUUAAGGUUUCUGCUGCUUUGGGACCCUCUUCAGAAUCGCCACCUGCCCCACCACCGCCUCCCAUUCCACAAAAGAUGCAACAGCCUCCACCGUCUCAACAGGUUCAACAUCACUACCCCCCAGCUGCCGCCUCUGAACAGCCCAUCUGGCCUGUGUCAGUGAGUAAGGAACGACCACGCUCACUCAUGCUUCUUCAGGACUACCAACAACAAGAGAAUCGCAAUGGAUCAGGAGGCAACUCGUUAUCGUGCCGACCGAGUAUACUUUUGCAUUCCCUGAAUGAGGGAUUAGACUCUUAUCCCAUUAGAGGUAACACUUGA